AUGGCUCCAUCAGAGGUUCAAAAGCUCGCCUUCUUUGGUUGUACCGGCAGCACCGGCAGCGCAGUCUUGAAAUCACUCCUAUCCAACACAAACAAAUCGACCAAGAUCCAUGUCUUUGUCCGGUCAGCGCGCAAGCUCAAGCUACUCUUCCCAGGCAUUGAAAGCUACUCCCACGUGGAGAUCACCGAGGGCCAACUGAGCGACCAUGCCCUCAUGGUGCACUGCCUGUCGGACGCAACACAUAUCAUGUGCACCAUCGGCAGCAACGACGACCAACCCGGGAUGCGCAUGCACCGCGAUGCUGUUGAAGCAAUUCUUGCAGCGUUAAGCGAGUUACACGAGAAGGCGGAAGCGGGAGGAACGUGGCGGCGGCCGCACAUGACGUUCCUUUCAUCUGAAUCUAUAAGCGAGAAGCUAUCAUCACACCGACCAGCUUGGGUACAUUGGUUGAUCAUGGCCUCCUUGAAUCACAUCUACUUUGACCUAGCCACGGCAGAGAAGAAGCUCAUCUCUUCCUCGCUGGUCACGGUCACCUUGUUCCACGCCCCUUUUCUUUUCGAGGGGGAGUACUCGGGCUAUACGAUCAGUAUCGACGAGCCGGCUGCAUCAGCGUCAUAUGGAGAUUUGGGCGCGGCGAUGGCGGAGAUGGCGUUCUUGCCUACGGAAGCAGAGGUCCAGGCCGUUACCGUGGCGAGUCAUAAGCCGAUGGCCAUCGGCCCAAGGACAGUGGAGCAGGUCCGGAGACUCACCAAUGGGAUCUUGGGUCGUUUUGUUCCUGGGUACUGGAGCCUGCCAGGAUGGAGCUGA